UUCUUUGGGCUUCUUUUGCAUGUUAAAUGGUUUUCCAUAAUGGACCAGAUAUCGUGUUUUGGCUGGUACGAUGUUUUUAGUUGAGAACUUAACUUUUAUAAUAUCAUCAACUUUGCCGUACUGCAAUUGAAAUUAUUUUAAGAUGGCCACGUCAUCACUUUUGUUGAUGAAUUAACGGCAGACUAAAUGAACCAUUUUCUUAUGUCACGCUGAUUUUAUUUAAUAUUUCAACAUCUAAUAAAAGAAACUGUAUUUUGGGAGUCACAAAAGUCACCGCCAAAAAUUUCCAAAGUUCCACCGUGAAGAAGAUGGAUUUCAGGCUUCUGAAGAAUGCGGUUGAUGGAGCGGUGGUAGUCGACGCCCACGCCCACAAUCUGGUGGCUCUGGAUUCCACUGUUCCUUUCAUCGAUUGUUUCUCCGAAGCUCACGGCGACGCCUCGGCUUAUGUUCCUCAUUCCCUCUCCUUCAAGAGAAACUUGAGGGAUAUCGUUGAACUUUAUGAUUGUAAACCAUCCUUGCGCGGGGUUGAGGAAUACAGGAAAUCCUCUGGAUUAGAUUCCAUUUGCUUAUGCUUCAAAGCUGCAAGAAUAUCUGCCGUACUCAUCGAUGAUGGAUUAGAGUUGGACAAAAAGCAUAGCAUAGAGUGGCAUAGAAAUUUUGUUCCAGUUGUUGGUAGAAUAUUGAGAAUCGAACGUUUGGCAGAGAACAUUCUUGACGAAGAGUUUCAAGGUGGGUCUUCUUGGACACUGGAUGAAUUCACAAAAACAUUUCUUAGGAAGUUGAAAUCAUUGGCUCAUGAGAUAUAUGGACUGAAAAGUAUAGCAGCAUAUCGCAGUGGUCUAGAAAUCAAUGUGAACGUCUCAAAGAAAGAUGCCGAGGAAGGUCUCGUUGAGGUUUUACAAGGUGGAAAGCCUAUUCGGAUAGUUAACAAAAGCCUUAUUGACCAUAUAUUUAUUCAUAGUUUGGAAGUUGCUCAGCACUUCAACUUACCAAUGCAAAUACAUACUGGAUUUGGAGACAAAGAUCUAGAUUUGCGGCUGGCCAAUCCACUUCAUCUUCGGAGUGUUCUAGAGGAUAAGAGGUUCUCUAAAUGUUGCAUAGUUCUGUUACAUGCAUCCUACCCAUUCUCAAAGGAAGCGUCAUAUCUCGCUUCUAUUUAUCCUCAGGUCUACCUCGACUUUGGAUUGGCAAUUCCAAAGCUUAGCGUCCAUGGCAUGAUAUCUGCACUUAAAGAACUGUUAGAGCUUGCUCCAAUUAAAAAGGUGAUGUUCAGCACAGAUGGAUAUGCUUUUCCUGAGACUUAUUAUUUAGGUGCAAAGAAAGCACGGGAUGUUAUCUUUUCUGUUUUACGGGAUGCUUGUAAUGAUGGUGACCUCUCAAUUCUCGAGGCUGUUGAAGCUGUGAAUGAUAUCUUUGCACAAAAUGCUAUUCGAUUAUACAAGAUUAAUCUGACGAAUGAGAGUUCUAUUCCUAAUAGUUCAAUAUUUUCUAUUCCCUUGACGAAAACUGAUGUUGUGCAAAAGGAUGCCAGGCUCGUUCGCAUUAUUUGGGUUGAUGCUUCUGGACAACACAGAUGCCGUGUUGUUCCCUCCGAGCGGUUCAAUGAUGUUGUUGAAAAGAAUGGGGUUGGUUUAACUUUUGCCUGUAUGGGAAUGACCUCUCAUUUGGAUGGUCCAGCUGACGGGAGUAAUCUUACUGGUGUGGGUGAGAUCAGACUUUUGCCAGAUUUAUCAACCAAAUGGAUGGUUCCUUGGAACAAGCAUGAGGAGAUGGUUUUAGCUGAUAUGCAUCUUAGACCCGGUGAAGCCUGGGAAUACUGCCCAAGGGAAGCCUUACGCAGGGUCUCUAGAAUUCUGAAAGAUGAAUUUGACCUAGAAAUGAAUGCAGGCUUUGAAAACGAGUUUUUUCUACUAAAAAUUUCAGUUAGUGAUGGCAAAGAAGAUUGGGUGCCAUUUGAUUCAGCACCCUAUUGUUCUACAUCAUCAUAUGAUGCUGCCUCUCCUAUUCUUCAUGAAGUAGUUGCUUCCUUGAACUCCUUGAAUAUUACUGUGGAACAGUUGCAUGCAGAAGCUGGGAAAGGUCAAUUUGAGAUUGCUUUAGGGCAUACCGCUUGUCUCAAUGCUGCUGACAACUUAAUUUACACUCGUGAAGUGAUUAGGGCUACUGCAAGGAAGCUUGGAUUGUUGGCAACAUUUAUGCCCAAGUAUGCACUGGAUGACAUUGGUUCUKGCUCCCACGUGCAUGUAAGCUUAUGGCAAAAUGGCAAAAAUGUUUUCAUGGCAUCCGAUGGAUCUUCCAAACAUGGAAUGUCAGUAGUUGGGGAGGAGUUCAUGGCAGGGGUUUUACAUCAUAUUUCAUCAAUUUUGGCAUUUACAGCUCCAGUUCCGAACAGUUAUGACCGUAUACAACCCAAUACAUGGAGUGGAGCUUAUCAAUGUUGGGGAAAAGAAAAUAGAGAAUCUCCACUAAGAACUGCUUGUCCACCUGGAAUAUCUGUUGGUUCAGUGAGUAACUUUGAGAUCAAAUCAUUUGAUGGUUGUGCAAAUCCACACUUGGGUCUAGCCGCUAUUCUUUCUGCUGGAUUAGAUGGCCUGCGAAACCAUCUUCGGUUGCCUGAACCUGUUGAUAAGAAUCCUUCCGACCUUUGUUUAGAGCUCCAAAGGUUGCCCAAAUCGCUUUCUGAAUCUGUGGAAGCUCUGGAAAAGAACAAUACCUUGACAGAUCUUAUAGGUGAAAAAUUGGUGGUUUCCAUAAAGGCAAUUCGGAAGGCAGAGGUGGAGUACUACUCGAAGCAUCCGGAUGCAUACAAGCAACUUAUACACCGCUACUAGGAACCAACCCGAACUCGCUCCAGUGUUCAGCGGAAACUUUCCAAAGGUUCUUUUUUUCCCCUUGGUACAGAAACUUCUCAAAGGUUGGAAUGGCUUAUCCAAGAAUGCAAAAGUUUGUUGGAAGCUUUCUUUGCAGCAUCAGCUUGAAGUCUGGCUUUUGAUGACCGACUGUCAAUUGUCUGUUCUUAUCCAUUGUGAUAGGUGAUGUGAUGUGCUCAACGGUAAUGUCUUGGUGUUUAUAAAUAUUUCCGAACAAUUAUUGGUUGCAAUUUCUUGGUUUCAGUGUUGUGACUGUUCAGUUUGUGAAGAAAACUCACUACAUAUAUUCAUAUUCUGGAUUGGCCUUGUAAGAUUAUGCGAUGCUAGAAAAAUUUGAGUUGCUUUUCGCUCUUGAGGGGCAUCAGGGCAUCA